AGAUUGAAUUGAAGAAGUUUUCAAUCAAGCAAAAAAUGGAGCCCGAACAAAAAGUCAGCACCAGAAUGGUUCUUCUUGCUCUUUUGGAAGAUAUUGAAAUUGUCUCAAAAGAGUUGCUUGAGUACAUGGGGUCCAGCAGGCAGACGAAGCAGGACGACAUGGACCCCACUCAACUCAUCAACCUCCUCAAACAAAAGGAUAUUGAAUUUCAGGAAUGCAUGAGAACUGCGAGGGAGCAGGGAGAGAUUCAGAAGGAGAUAGACGAGUUGAGGCUGGAAGUCGACCGAAGAGAUGCCUACAUCAGACAACUUCAGAAAAAUCUCAAGGAGGCUGAGGAACUUCUCUUGACGAUGACGUACGAGGCGAAGUUGAAGUUGAAGUCGAUCCAGCAGGCGAACGGCAGGAAGAUCUCAUCUGAGGAACUCAUCAAAUAUGCACACAAGAUCAGUGCAAGUAACUCCGUGGCAUGUCCAUCCAGCUGGGCACCUGGUGACCCACGAAGACCAUACCCGACGGAGGUGGACAUGAGACAGGGUCUACUUUACACUGACUACAACAACAAGAUGAUUCCUGGGCUAUCUCAGUUCAAUGACAGACAAUUAGGUGGGCAGUACCAACAGAUGGGAGGAGCCAACAACAUGGGAGCUGUAGGAAGUGGUUCACUGACAUGGCAACCAAGUGCCGAGGUACAGAGCACGCUGCUCAACAGACUUCCAUCCAGCGUCGAACCGACGACUCCAAAUAGCGGCAGCAACACAGCCAACAACAUGAGGAUGUUGCGCGACUACUCGACUCCGCAGCAACAAAUUGUUCUGCAACAACAGCAGCAGUUGCAGCAACAACAACAACACGACCAGAACAACAAAGAUGAGGUUGAGUUGAUGUCCUCUGACUCCAGUAGCAGCAGCUCCAGUGAUGAAUGAUCUGAUCUUAUCACCGUCGUCUCCAUCGUUCUCACCUUCAUUUGUAUAAUAAACGAUUCAUCUUUUCAUCUUCAUUUUCGCCAUCAUCACUUCAAAUCAAUCGAUAAAUGAGACUUUUCUUCUUUCCUUCUUUUCUUCUUUCCAUCAUUGUCUCCUCCAUCAAUAUAAACUCUGAUUGAUUAUUUAUUUCAUUAAUUUUAUCUUUCUAAUCGUCAUCAUUCGUUCAAAAAGGAAUAAACUGCAAUGUUAUUGU